ACAUACUACCCCGUUGUGUAUAGGUACCUACCUGAUUUUUAAGGUACCACACACUUCACAGAUUUGGUCAAGUGCGAAAUAUUAAAAAUUCGCGACAUCCACUGACGAGUGUGUAAGUGAAAGUACUCGAGAUUUUUUUGUUAUUUACAUACUUUUUAAACAAUGCCGUGGAUUCAACCGAAAUUAUCUAUUUUUCAUAAGUUUUUUUUACGGGUUUUAAAACAGGGCCCUAUCCCUGAACAUAUCGCUAUUAUAAUGGAUGGUAAUAGAAGAUUUGCCAAAAAUAAAAAGAUCGAAACAAUACAGGCUCAUUCGUUGGGAUUUAGUACCUUGAUUGAGUGCCAUGAAUGGUUCAGGGAAUUGGGGAUCAGGGAACUUACUGUGUAUGCAUUUAGUACUGAAAAUUUGAAAAGGACUAAAAAGGAGGUCGACGGUCUGAUGCAGUUAGCGGAGGAAACAUUUUCUGAUGUACUAAAAGAAGAAAGUGGUUUUAGAAGAGAAGGAAUUCGUUUAAGAAUAAUAGGCGAUGUAACAAAGAUGCCCGAACAUGUAAGAAAAGCCAUGGAUCGAGCUUGUGAAGUGACCAAAGACAACAACGAAUUCAUCUUUAACGUGGCCUUUUUCUAUGUAGCUCGAGACGAAAUUGCAGCUUCCGUUAAAUCAGUUGUAGAAGGUGUCCAAGAAGGUUGUUUUAAGUGUGAGGAUAUCUCAGAAGAUUUAAUUUCAAAGUCUUUGUAUUCUCAAUUUGAUAAAAACCCCGAUAUGAUGAUUAGGACAUCUGGAGAAGUUAGGUUGAGUGAUUUUCUGCUUUGGCAGCUUUCUGAAAGUUAUUUGUAUUUUACUGAUGUUUUGUGGCCUGAUUUUUCCUUGUGGCAUCUGUUUACCAUUAUUUUUAGUUAUCAGAGGUCUUGUGGAUUUAUGAAUUUGCAGAAAUAAGGAAAUAUGGCAGAAUCCAUUGCAGAUUCAUUUUAAUCAUCAUAGUUCUUUGAUUCUAGUGAAUUAUUUGGCCUGGAAAGGGUUAACAAAAAUGUAAUUCAUAUUAGUAAAUGUAAAAGAAAGUGUAAAUUUUACCAAUUAUAUUUGUAAUUAUAUUUUAUAUUUUUCUACAAUAAAUGUAAAAUUUUUUAUAUUUUA